AUGGCUCUUAAAAUUAAUCAUCAUUAUUAUACAAAUAUAUCAUCAGCUAUUUCAACUAAUCCAAAUUAUAUUUUACAUCGUACAAGUGAUUUAUUAAUACCUCUUUCAUCUAAAUCAUCAUUUAUUGAAAUGUCUUCAAGAAAACAGUCUUGGGCUAAUUUUAUAAAUGACUCGUCUACGCAAAUUGUUAAAGAUGAAACAUUAGAUUGGGAUGUAAAUGGUAUUCCAUCUCCACAAAUAAAUGAUAUUGAUUAUACAAUUGUUGAUUCAAAAAUUGAACCAUUUCAUCCUAAAAAUUAUCUAUCAAUUCGAACAACACCUAUUGAAAAAUCUAAUAUUGAUAUUAAUAAGCAAAAAAAGAAAACAGUUACUGUCAAAUAUAUGUUGACUAUGUCAGGAUCAGGAAAUACGCAGACAAAUUUUGAUCGUGGAUCAACUUCAAUAUCUAAUACAACAUCAUCAACAAUUAAACAACAACCAUUUAGUCCACCACCUUAUCAUCCACUAUCAAAUGGGUUUUUUACUCAACAUCAUCAACGAUCAACACCGUCACCUGAUAAUGAACAAAUAUCACCAUCAUCAAAUAAUCUAGUUGAAACAUCUUCAACAUCAUCUAAUUUAAUUCCACCAUCGGCAGCAGGUGGAGCUCCAAUACCUUCGGAAGAUAAACGUCGUUGUGCUGUAUGUAGUGAUAUUGCUUCUGGUUAUCAUUAUGGUGUAUGGAGUUGUGAAGGAUGUAAAGCGUUUUUUAAACGAAGUAUUCAAGGUACAAAUGAAUAUAUUUGUCCGGCAACAAAUACAUGUACAAUAGAUAAACAUCGUCGAAAAAGUUGUCAAGCAUGUCGUUUAAGACGAUGUUAUGAAGUCGGUAUGACCAAAGGUACAACACGACGAGAAAGAAAAUAUCGUAAAAAAGCUGUAUCAGUUUGUAAAAUUACAUCAACAUCAUCAAAUUCAAAUGCUACAAAUAAUUCAAUUAGAAAUAAUCAAGAACAUGGACUUUUAGUAACAACUACUGAUACACCACCAACAACUGGAACACCAUCAGCAUCUCAAUUAAAUAAUAAUAAUAAUAACUUUUCAUCAUCACAAGCACAAGCAAAUAAAACAACUUCUGAAUCAUUACGUAUCCCAAUAGCUCCAGCUGAUUUUAUUGCUACACUUUCUCAAGCAUCUCGUCUUAAUUUACCAUCCAAAGCCGAUACUAGUCGUCCAUUAGAUGAUCAAUAUUUUCUUCAAUUACUUGCAAAAAUUUUCGAUCAAGAACUUGUUGUUCUUAUUAAUUGGGCUAAAGCAAUGCCAGGUUAUACUGAAAGUUUAACUCUUGAUCAACAAGUAACAAUUAUCGAACAGAGUUGGUUAGAUACUUUACUUCUCGAUAUAAUCGAACGAUCAUUAGAACGAAAUGAUGAUACAUUACAUUUUGCACCUGAUUUUAUUAUUUCACGAAAUCGUACUUUAUCAAGUCCAGGCAUCGGUGCCAUAUGUACAAGUUUAUUUAAUAUUCUUCAAGCAUUUAAAGAACCUCGUACAACACAUGAAGAAUUUAUUGCACUUAAAGCUGCAAUACUUAUUAAUUCAAUACCAGCAACAAUAACAACAACAAAAUCAUUUCGUUUAUUAACAAAUCAAAUUUAUCAAUCAAUACAACAUGCAUGUGAUUCAAAUCCAAGUAUUUAUCAAGAUAAUUCUAUACGAUAUUUUACAUUAUUAUUACAAUUACCACAUAUUAAAAUGUUAAGUUCAAAAUUAAUAAGACUAUUUUUAGAUAUGCGUGCAAAUGAUUUAUUACCACAAGCUGAUCUUUUAUUAGAAAUGCUUGACGCACAAGAUGCAUUUGAUAUAAAUAAUUGUUUUUUAUCAUUACAUCAUGAUGUUAAUAGUUUAUCAUCACAAACAUCAAAUUUUAGUCAAAAUUUAACAUCAAAUAAUAACAAUAAUAAUAAUAAUAAUAAUAAUAAUGCAACAUCAGUGAUGCAACCACCAACACUAAAUAAUUCUAAAAUUCAAUCUGAUUGUUCAAAUUCAAUUAAUUAUAAUAAAAAACAACAACAACAACAACAAGAUGAUAAUGAAACAGCAAAUAUCGAUGAUCCACAUUGUCAAAUGAAUUAUCGAAUGACAUCAUCAUCACCAAUGGUAUUUGCCGCAGCAAUGCCUGCAAAACGUUCACCAUCAACUCCACCUACACAAUAUUAUAAACCAGCUCGAACUGAAUCUAUCCCAACGCCACCACCAACUAUCAUUUUAAAUUUAAUUGAUAUUCCACAAUUUAUUGAUCAUGGUUGGAUACCAGUUGUUGAUACAUCUAAUACAAUACUUACCGAAAAUCUCAUAUCAACACUUGAUAUUGUUGAUACAAAUAUUACUAAUUUAACAAAUCUUGCUGUUCGAACACCAUUUUCUUGGAAUUAUCAAGCAGCGACUCUUGUUCUUAUCAAUAUAAAUUCAAAAUUUACAAAUAUUUCUAGAUCUAAUUUAUUCAAUACAUUUAUUCUUCUAGCAACAUAUCGUUCUGUUAGAGAUGCAUCAGGAACAUUAUUUUCUUUAUUAGACAACAAUAGAACAUCUAUAUUUGAAGUAAAAAUUAAUACAAAUAUUACUGUAACUUAUCAUUAUGAUAAAAAAAUAGAACAACUUAUUUUUCAUCACACAAGAUUUGUAGCUAAUGAUGGAUUAUGGCAUCAAAUUGUUCUUUUAUUCGGCUUUGAAUCCGUUACACUUCAAUUUGAUGAUCAGUUAGAUGAUGAAAUUAAACUACCAUUAAAUACCAUUCAAACAUCAGAAAUAUUUGCUAUACCAAAUGUUGCUCUUUUGGGUUCAAAUAAUUAUCAAGAAUAUCUAAAUGAUUCAUUUUUUAAGGGUGAUAUUAAAGAUAUUCUUAUCAUUGAAUGGGAUCCAUCUAUCGAUGAAAACAAUCUUGUACCUAAAGCUAUGAGAAGUUAUCGUCAAAAUCGAAAACUUCAUCAAAAAGGACAACGUUUGAAAAAUCCUUCAUUGUCAAAACAAACAGAACAAUUUGAAAUAGGACCAUCAGGUCAACCUGGAAGAUCUGGACGACCUGGUCUUAAUGGACCAAUAGGUGCACCAGGAGCUCCAGGUCAUUUGAUUGUUAUUCCUUCACCCAUUCAUGAUGAGCAUGAUCCAGAAUCUUUUGUCCGUGCAAUGCAAGGAAUACUUAAUACAUAUACACAUAUUCUAACAGGUCGUCCUGGUGCACCAGGACGACCGGGUCUACCUGGUCUUAUGGGACAACAAGGUUUACGAGGCAUCAAAGGAGACAGAGGCGAACCUGGACCAUUAGGACCUCAAGGUGGAACUGGUCCAAUUGGACCUCGUGGACCACCAGGACCACAGGGUCCACGUGGACAAACUGGAAGCCGUGGUAAUCAAGGUCUUCCCGGUCCAAAAGGUGCACAGGGACUACGUGGUUUUCCUGGGAUUCAAGGUGAAAAGGGUAGUAAGGGUAAAACAGGUCCUGUUGGUGAUCAAGGAGAGACAGGUCCCAUAGGAGUUAAGGGCAAUAAAGGUGUAAUUGGACCACGUGGACCUCAAGGACAAAUGGGUUCACAAGGUUUAACUGGUCCAAAAGGUAACACGGGACUAAUUGGUUUAACUGGUGAACAAGGAAUACAAGGUCCUCAAGGUCUUAAAGGAGAUAAAGGAGAUAGAGGCGAGAAAGGAGUUAUUGGUUUAACUGGUUCUAUUGGUCCAAUUGGACUUACUGGUCUAAAAGGUCUGAAAGGAGAAGUUGGACCAACAGGAUGUCAAGGUAUUCAAGGACCACAAGGACCUAUUGGACCUCAAGGACCACCAGGUGACGUUGGUCAGAAAGGUGAAACUGGUGAAACAGGACCUAAAGGAGAUCAAGGUAUCAUCGGUCCAACGGGACCUAAAGGCAUUAUUGGUGAAUAUGGAUUGACGGGUGAAAGAGGUGUAAAAGGUCAGAAAGGUGAACAAGGAUUAAAAGGUAUAAUAGGUAUAACUGGUGAUAAAGGAGACACAGGUGAUGUUGGACCACAAGGAUUACAAGGGCCAGUAGGUGAUGUAGGUCCAAUUGGUUUGACUGGUAUUCAAGGUGUAAAAGGAGAAAAGGGAGAAGUUGGUCAAAAAGGUGAUAUUGGUAUUCAAGGAAUACAAGGCAUACAGGGUCCGAUUGGUCUCACUGGUGUUAUUGGAUUAACGGGUCCAAAAGGUAGCAAAGGUAAUCAAGGACAAAAAGGUGAUACAGGAGCUCGUGGAGAGACUGGACAACAAGGUAUUCAAGGAAUUCCAGGACCACCAGGUAUUCAAGGUGAAACAGGUCCAAUAGGACCUAAAGGCGAUCAAGGUGAGAAAGGAGACAAAGGAAUUAUUGGACUACAAGGUCCUCAGGGACAACAAGGUCCAAUUGGAUUCACCGGUGAUAAAGGUGAUCAAGGCAUAAUUGGUCCUAUUGGCGAAAAAGGCGAUCGUGGUGAAAAAGGCGAUCAAGGACUUAAAGGUGAACAAGGUAUUAUUGGUCCCAUAGGAAUAACUGGAGAAAAGGGUGAACAAGGUCCAGUAGGUCCAAUAGGAGUCGAUGGACCUCAGGGAGAAAGAGGAGAUAAAGGUGAUACUGGACUAAAAGGAAUUCAAGGUGAAAUUGGACCACAAGGAUUCAAAGGUGAUACUGGUAAAAAAGGAGACACAGGACCAAUUGGACCAAAAGGCGAUAAAGGAGAGAUCGGAAUUAUAGGAUUACAAGGUGAAAAAGGUGAUACAGGUCCAAUUGGCAUAAUUGGACCGACAGGACCUAUUGGAGAAACUGGACCAAAAGGUGAACAAGGUGAAAAAGGUGACAAAGGUGAUGAUGGAAUUAAAGGUCAAAAUGGAGAGAAAGGUAUCGAAGGUAUACAAGGUCCUCGUGGAGAAACCGGUGAAAAAGGAGAUACUGGUGAAGUAGGUGAAAUUGGUCCAAAAGGUGAAAUAGGAGAAAAAGGUGGUCAAGGUUUACAAGGACCUGUAGGACCACAAGGUUCUCAAGGUGAACAAGGACCACAAGGAAUCAAAGGUUCAACAGGUUCACAAGGUCCAAAAGGUGAUCAAGGCAUUACGGGUCCAACUGGAAAACAAGGACCAAAAGGAGCCACUGGCCCUGUGGGUGAACGAGGACUUCAAGGACAAAAAGGAGAAGUUGGCUCAAGAGGAUCAAAAGGAAAUACUGGACCUGCAGGUCCACCGGGACCAAGUGGAGAAAGAGGUCCAAAAGGUGACCGAGGACCACGUGGAGAUCCAGGAGAACCUGGUGAUCGAGGACCACAAGGACCUCCAGGAACAAAUGGUCAACCUGGAAAUGCUGGACCACCUGGACCACCGGGUGUAGUUGGUAUACAAGGAGCAAAAGGAACGGAUGGACCACGAGGAGCCAAAGGUGAUAAAGGUUCAACAGGUCCACCGGGUCCACCAGGUCCACCUGCUGAUACUCUAUUAUCAAGUGAUCUUGCUUCAGGUGAACAUCAUUCCAAAAAAGUUCAAUGGCCUCCUCAUAGAUUACGUCGUUCAAUAAUACCAGUUGAAGAAAAUAUUCAAUUAAAUUCUAUUGCAUUUCAAUUACUUCAUAUAUUAGAUAAUAUGGCAAAUCAAUUGAAUCAAAUUGAAUCACCAAUAGGUCUUCAACGUGAUAAUCCAUUUCAAUCAUGUCUUGAUCUUCAUGACCAAUCAAAAAUAGGAAAAUAUUGGAUUGAUCCAAAUCAUGGAAGUACAUUAGAUGCUAUUGAAGUUAAUUGUAUUAUUGAAAGUGGUAGAAAAAAAACUUGUUUACAACCAAAUGAUGAUCAACAAAAACAAAUUAAUUAUGGACCGAUAUCUCAAAUACGUUUUUUACAAAUUCUUUAUAAUCAAAUCGAACAAAAUUUAACUUAUGAAUGUAAUAAUGAACUUCAAACAAAUAUUACAUUUGUAUCUCUUGAUGAUAUUCAUUAUAAUAUUAAUCAAUUAUCAAAUGUAAUUAUAUAUGAUGAAUGUCAGAAUAAACAACAAGGAUCAAUCAAAUAUGUUAUUAAUACAUCUGAUACACAUCUAUUACCUAUUAUUGGUAUUAUAUCAUUAAUUAAAAAUAUACGUCUUAGUCAAGUGUGUUUUUUUUGA